AUGGCGAGAGGUCUAAGCAACUCUUGUUCCUCCGAUGGCGAUGAUCAUUUCAUCAGCUUGAUGCGCCUGUUCAACAAAGACAAGGAGCAUGCACAUGACCGCAGGAUCUCCUUUCCAAGUUGGAUUAAGAAAUACUGCGACUACUCUCACAUCAAAUACACGCAAGCUGGAGUCCAUGAUCUGAGCGAUCCCAAACUUGAAGUUCAGAGAAAGAUGGGUAUCCUGAUCAACAAGGUGUGGACUGUUGAGAUGAAGGAUCCCAAUCACCUUGCUCAGUACUGCGCCUUUAAGAGCAUCAAGGAGCUCAGCUCCUACAUUGAUGUCAUCGUCCCAGAUAUCGUUUACCAGGCUGCCUUUGUUACGCAGAACUACUUCCUGGUGCCCGAUUCCUACUUCAACAGCCACGACGGCAAUCUCAUUGAACCACCCAAGACACGAUAUCUCGACUUCUUCCAAAGCAAGGAUCGAUACGAACAUCGCAUGCUCGACAUUGAUGGUAUUGAGCCAAUCAAAGUUUUGAGUACUUAUCACAAGGAUGAAAACGUUCGGCAGUUCGUCAACAAUGUCGCACAGCUUUGCACGAAGCCAACCUUUAUCCUUGCGGUCAACCAAACCGUUUCUAUGCCUGGCGAGCCAGGCAACAUCUCGCCUCACGCGUUUAUCCUAGCACAUGCUGUUCAGAUACUUCUUUUCGCCCCUCAGGAUUGGGACCCUGAUCGCAUCUACACCAGAGAUCAAGGCGCCUACGCUCAUCGGUUUCCGACACCCGAAACAAUUGGAGGUGGCACGGCGCCCGCUGUCGCUGGACUCUUCUCCAUGGAAGACCUCUACCGCGCGGUUUUACUUUUCUACUACUUGCUCAAACGACGAAGCGCAUCGAAAUGGAUCACAAAGACUGCCCCAACGAGUUCUUCUAAUGCUGAGGUUCCAGGUUAUCACUGUCCUACCUCCCCAACAAUGAAUCCAGGCCUACCUAAGGUUACUACUGCGCCACUGUCAGAUGGCGAGUCCGGCAACUCUAUGGCUAACACCCAUUCUGAUCAACAGACGUCUUUCGUGGAUGGGGAUGCACCUGAAGCUCUAGGUGAGCCGCAGCCGAUUAAAGGGCUCGACACGGUCAAGAUCAACACAAUCUUGGUAGAGUCCUCGACAACUACGCGCCCUAAACGAAGGAUUGCUGCGCGCCAAAGGGAGCUGCACAGACCUGAAAUGCAUCCACUUCUUGAAUGGGAGCUGAAGUUUGAAGUCACUCGUGCCAAGAAACUCCAUGCUCAGCCGGACUUCGACAAACUCCUCAAGAGAGCUCGUGAGACCGAAACGCAGGUCACCUUCUCUCUCCAAGGGCCCAAUAUUCCCGCCCUAAUGAGACAUCAGGUUGAUUCGACACCAGGUACUGGUGAUAUGCCACCUACUAUUGUCAUCGAAGAAUGCGACUUCCAGGAAGAAAACCCUAUUGCUUGUCAUGUUGCCAAGAUCAUGCCCAAAGUCUCGGAAAAGGUGUGCAACCAGACAGAUGAAGAGAUGCUAGAACACCGCAAGGCACUCUUGACCUGCUUCGAUUGGCGCAAUAACUCUACUCUGAAGUCCGAUAAGCCUUUCAUCAAGAGACUCAAGGAUCCGAACGUUCCAAGGUCACAGAUUGAGGACGAUACCAGCCCCGAUGUGAUCACCAUGGUCAAGUGUACGACAUGGUCUACAAUGAUGAAAGCUGUGGUGUUCAUCUGUUCUACAUGCAGAACCGAUUGGACAGGAGUUCCCAUCAUGACGCGAGCGCUAGAUUUGGCUAUCAAGUACUGCAAGGACAAAAAGGAACGACUUCUUGUGUAUGUCGAAGACUCGUGGAUCCAGUGUAUUCUUGUUGCCCUGUUUGUCACGGCCGGAUUCGAUGUCGGCACUGUCCGCUCUUCGGAUGGGGCAGUUGAGACUAGUCGUAUCAUUCGAGAAUGGAACAACCCUCACUCUGGCCUGGAGAUAUUUGUAGCUAAUGUCGACACCAAGGUGAUGCAUGCGGAUAUGCAAAAGUGCUGCUCCAAAGCUCUGAUCUUGGAUUGGCCGCUUGAGCCAGAGCGUCUUCUUCGGACCAUAAACCACAUGGUCAAGAACAGGCUGAACUUCAGAGAACCAGCAAUGGUUCACAUACUCAAGCUUCGCUGCAGCCACCAUGAUGAAAUUGAGAGGAUUUGCUGCACCAAAUGGGCAAUACAGCUGUCGAAGGACAUCAACCUCCAUGAAUGGAUGACAGGUGCUGUCCGUGAGGUUUGCAUCUUUGAGAUGAUCAAAACUGCGUGGCAUCAGGGAUUCAACCGCUAUGCUUGGGUAGUCAUGCAUGACAUGGGAAGGCAAGACUACGACGGGGGCUCCAUGACACAUCACGAUGGCAUCGCCCCUCGCCUGGGUCAUGUCUUCUCCAUCGCUGCCAAGCUGAUGCUCAACUUCCCCAAGGACAAGGAGUUCUGGGCUGAUAGCGAAGAGGUCCUUGUCGCAGGCUGCUUUCGCUUUUUAAGGGUCAUUGACUCUGACUUUGAAAAGGGAAUUGAUAGGCUUGAGGUCCAACUGAGCUACACGCCGGAAAGGUUGAGGGAAAACUGUCUCUUGGCAUUUGAGCAUUCGAUAGGCUUCAUAUGCCACCAACUGGAACAUGCUUAUGUAUAUGGAGAUGAUAGCUAUCACGAACGGAAUGAACAGUUGCGUCUUGGUGUUGAGGCCAGAGCUCGGGGUGAGGUCAGCGCUUGGUCUGAUGAUGCGGAGAGUCAGGCUGUGGAACAAGACCCCGGCGUUGAUGCUGAGGCAGAUGGAGAUGAGGAGUCAGAUCAGGUUGAUGAGACUAGCUCGAAGCGCAAGGCUGGCGAUGAUGAUGAGGGUGGCGCGAAGAAGCAAAAGACAAGCGCCGCUUAG